GCCGCGUGUGCCAGAUCGCAGGCGUGAGCCGGUGGCCGGUUCGCUCACACGGCCCGGAAGGAAGGAAGGAGUCGUGGAGGGGCGGAGCGGAGGAGAGACAGAGCAGAGAAGAGGGGAGGCCUCCAGGCUGCUGUGUCGGUAGUUGUGGAUGAAGGGUGCGAAUCUCAGGCUCUACACAGCGGAUCCAAUAAGAUUUUGAAAUGUCCUUUAUAUUUGACUGGAUUUACAGUGGCUUCAGUAGCGUACUGCAAUUUUUAGGAUUAUAUAAGAAAACAGGUAAACUAGUAUUCCUUGGAUUGGAUAAUGCUGGAAAAACUACUCUCUUGCACAUGCUUAAAGAUGACAGACUGGGACAACAUGUCCCCACAUUACAUCCCACUUCGGAAGAGCUGACAAUUGCUGGUAUGACGUUUACAACUUUUGAUCUAGGAGGACAUGCUCAAGCUCGCAGGGUUUGGAAAAACUAUCUGCCUGCCAUCAACGGCAUUGUCUUUCUAGUGGACUGUGCGGAUCAUGAAAGAUUGGCUGAAUCUAAGGAAGAACUUGAUGCAUUAAUGACAGAUGAAACUAUUGCUAACGUGCCUAUCCUAAUUCUUGGGAACAAGAUUGACAGACCAGAAGCCAUCAGUGAAGAGAGGUUACGAGAAAUGUUUGGUUUGUAUGGCCAGACAACAGGAAAGGGGAAUGUCUCAGUGAAGGAAUUGAACACUCGGCCCUUAGAAGUUUUCAUGUGCAGUGUGUUAAAGAGACAAGGUUAUGGGGAAGGAUUUCGCUGGAUGGCACAGUACAUUGAUUAAUGCCAAAUUCACAUUACUAUACACUAUCCAAACCUGUUCAUGUUCUGAUCAAUCAGUGUACAUAACUUGAACUUAACAGACUUUGGUUACAAAAGCGUUGUUUUUUUUAUUGUAUCAAUUGUGUUAAAUUUUAAACGUAAAGACUGAAAACAGAUUUUAAGCAAGUUUGUCAAUUUGGAUCUUGUAACAUUAGUCUCUAGGCCUAUCAAACCACCUUCUUUUUGAAUUAACUUAUAUGUUGUCUGCAGUUCUCACCCAUUUUUGUUUUUAGCUUUCCAACACAGUAUGUUUUUUGAAUGCACUUUUUAACAGCUCAACCUUACAGACUUGUUGGUCCUAUUUAAUGCUCAUCAUGUUAAAUUUUUAGGUAUUUUUUUCAGAACCAAUUUUAUAAAUGUAAAGUGAAUAACGACUUCUCAAAGGAUAGUAAUGAAUAAGCUUUAUGAAUAAUUGCAUGAUGCCUUACAUUUUUCAAUAAUAUACUUUCUUAUGCAACGUCAUGCAAUAAAACUAAAUCCCAUUUCGUGGCAUCUUUAAUGGGGAAAUGUUUCGUUUUAAUGUGUCUUAACCUAGUAAAUACGUUUUAAAAUGUGAAUCUGUGGGGUAGUUUUCUAAAAUGCAGUAUAAUUUCUGUGUACUGUAGACUUUUUAUAUUAUUUAUUUGAUUAUCUUUAUGCUGGGAAUGAAUCACACUAACGUUAUCCAUGCUUGUGGAUGUAAAUGUUCAGUCACUGUUUUUUACAUUGUACAGAAAGAAGCACUACUGUAUGGUCUCGUUGUGUAGUGCACUGUGUAGUGCUAGUGAGUGCCUGAGUGCAGCUUUUUAGAAAACCAUUGGGUUGGUACCGCAAAUACACAUUUAGAAGCCUUGCUCCUGUGUGAAUUAUGUUACUGGAUUGAGUACGGUGUAGCCUGCUAUCUUCCCCACUGCUCUGAGCGUUGGUCUUUCUUGUCACAGCAUUCACACAAUAUGUCAAAGGUUGCAAAAGGUGACUGCCGUUCAAAUGGGAUGGAGAACAGGUCAGUACUUUGUUGCCACCCUUGACUACAGAGAUGGAAUUUUAUUUUUUUUAUUUUCUUUUAACUACAUAUCUGUUAAUAAACGGAGAAUGGUCAUUCA